AUGACCUACCCACCCCACAUAUUUGCCGACAACCCGAUCAAUCGCGGCGAAACCGAGCGCCGCGACGAGGACUGGAUACUCCAACAGGCCGAGGAUCCGGCCAGCAGGUUCCUGCCCUUCCGCAACCUCAACGUGCUCCUGACCGAUCAGACUCCGCCCGAGCUGGGCUGGCUCAGCCCCGCCAUAUUGCGAUCAUUGCCGCCGGAAGCCGUAUGGAUCUUUCUCGGCCUUCUGGACGGGGUGGCGCACUUCUCGGUGGACCUGUCGAAGUCCGCCAAUACGGCUGACCGCGUGGAGGCGGAGACGGGCUGGCGCUUCGAGGACUGCCGCACCGCCGGCGAGACCAUGUCCGGCCCCAACACCGGCCUGCUGUCCCACGCCCGGGCGCAGCUGGACUGGAACCUGCGCCACGGGUUCUGCUCCGUUUGCGGUCACCCCACGGAAAAGAAGCGCGGCGGACAGUCGCGCCAAUGCCCGGGCUGCAACGCCCAGCACUUCCCGCGCACCGACCCGGUGGUUAUCACCGUCGUCGCGGACGUCGAACGGGACCGGUGCCUCCUCGGGCAAUCUCGAGGACGCUUGCAGCGCAUGCGGGCAUUCUCGGCGCUGGCGGGCUUCAUGGACCAGGGCGAAGCCAUCGAGGAGGCCGUGGCCCGGGAGGUGAUGGAGGAGGCCGGCAUCCGGGUGAAAAACGUGCGCUACCACUCGUCCCAGCCGUGGCCCUUCCCGUCCUCGCUGAUGAUCGGCUGUUUGGCUGAGGCCGAUACCACCGACAUCAACAUGGACGAUGAGGAGAUGACCGACGUCCGCUGGUUCGACCGGUCGGAGGUGCUGCUGGCCCUGGACGGCCGCAGCGAGGAGUUGACGGUGCCGGGGCCGAUCGCCAUCGCCCAUCACCUGAUCAAGUCGUGGGCCACCGGCGCAACCAAUGGAUAG